AUGGUGAACAUUGGUAUUAACGGUUUUGGUCGUAUUGGCCGUAUUGUGUUCCGCAACGCUGUCCUCCACGGUGAGGCGGACGUUGCGGCCAUCAACGACCCUUUCAUUGACCUGGACUACAUGGUCUACAUGCUCAAGUACGACUCGACCCACGGUCGCUUCCCGGGUGAGGUUGAGGCCAAGGACGGCAAGCUUGUUGUGAACGGCAAGGCUAUCACUGUGUUUGCUGAGAUGGACCCUGCCAACAUCAAGUGGGCGGAUGCCGGCGCGCAGUACAUCAUUGAGUCGACCGGUGUGUUCACGACCACGGAGAAGGCGUCGGCGCACCUGAAGGGCGGUGCGAAGAAGGUGGUCAUCUCGGCCCCGUCGGCGGAUGCGCCUAUGUACGUGGUGGGUGUGAACCUGGACUCGUACGACCCCUCGCACAACAUUGUGUCGAACGCUAGCUGCACGACCAACUGCCUGGCUCCUCUGGCGAAGGUGAUCCACGACAAGUUCGGCAUUGUCGAGGGUCUCAUGUCGACUGUGCACGCGACGACCGCCACGCAGAAGACGGUCGACGGUCCCUCGAAGAAGGACUGGCGUGGUGGCCGUGCCGCGGGUGCUAACGUGAUCCCGUCGAGCACGGGUGCGGCCAAGGCGGUCGGCAAGGUGAUUCCCAGCCUGAACGGCAAGCUCACCGGUAUGUCGUUCCGUAUCCCGACCAUUGAUGUGUCGGUGGUCGACCUGACGGUGCGUCUUGAGAAGGGCGCGUCGUACGACGAGAUCAAGGCUGAGGUGAAGCGCGCUUCGGAGAACGAGCUGAAGGGUAUCCUCGGCUACACGGAGGAUGCCGUGGUGUCGCAGGACUUUGUCGGUGACAACCACAGCUCGAUCUUCGAUGCUACGGCCGGCAUUCAGCUCAGCCCCACCUUUGUGAAGCUCGUGUCGUGGUACGACAACGAGUGGGGCUACUCGCGCCGCUGCCUGGACCUCAUCUCGUUCAUGGCCAAGAAGGAGGGCUCGGCGUAG